AUGACUUCUUUGAUAUGGGUAGUACUCGGUUCACUAUUGGUAGUCGUUCUCUACAUUCGAAACAAUGAUUCCAAGCUGUCGCGCCUGCCACCAGAGGCAACCACGUUCUCUCCAAACCGAUGGAAAUCCGACGCAGUAGAUCAGACGGCAAAGGAAUUGGCGAAUUCGCAAGCGUCUCUGCUUGCCGGAAAUUUACCCCCCAAAACUGGCCGCAGGUACAUAGUGACAGGCGGGGCUGGUUUCCUGGGCGGAUGGAUUGUGUUGCACCUUCUCGCCCGCGGCGAGGACCCGCGGCGCAUCAGGGUGGUCGACAUCCGCUUACCCAUCCGCAACGAUCUCACUCAAGGUGCUGCCAAGGAUGUGGACUUCAUCCAGGUCGAUGUGACCGACGCGCAGGCGGUAGAUGCUGCCUUCCGCAAGUCAUGGCCUGUGCCCUCCGAUGUGUCAGGCGAGCCUGAGCCCGAAGUCACCGUGUUUCACACUGCAGCAACGAUACGUUUCUUCGAGCGCCAUCAGGCUUUAUUGCAAUACUCAGAGCAGGUCAACGUAAAAGGUACACAGAACAUCCUGGACGCGGCACGUCGCAUCGGCGUGACCACCUUCAUAUACACAUCCUCUGGCUCUAUCUCUGUGAGGAGGACCCGAUUCUGGUUGUGGCCCUGGGAGAAGGAGCCGGUGCACUUCGUGCAGCCCAUCAACGACGACGACACCCUGGUACCCAAACGGCAUGACGACUAUUUCUCCAAUUACGCCGUUUCGAAGCGUACCGCCGAGCUGGCCGUGCGCGCAGCGGACAAGACGCCCUCCGGCAAGGGGUUCAUCCGCACAGGAUGCAUACGCCCCGGUAACGGCAUCUAUGGUCCCGGCGGCGACCUGCUCGUUGGGCAGUAUCUUGCCAAGAAGACGAAUCCGACGUGGAUCCCGAACAUCCUUCAGUCGUUCAUCUACGUCGAGAACUGCUCGCUUGCGCACCUCUGCUACGAGCAGCGUCUCCUCGAGCUGCAGGCCGGCGGGCAUAAUCCAGAUAUCGGCGGGCAGGCGUUCUGCGUCGCGGACGCGAGCCCCGCGCCCACCUAUGGCGAGGUGUACGACGCGCUCACGCAACUGACCAGCGGGACCACCGUCUUCCCGCGCCUCUCGUGCACGACGAUGCUCGGGCUCGCGCACCUCAUCGAAGCGUACUACCUCUUGCGGCACUUCCUCUUGCAGUCGCCCCUCGCCCUGCUCGGACGGCUCCUGCCUGGGCUGAACGGCGACAUUGUGUUCCUGCAGCCAUCCAUGUUCGCGCUGACAGUUGUGCACUUGAUCUUUGACGACUCUCGGGCGCGCGCACCGCCCGAGAAGGGCGGGCUCGGAUACAACGGGAGCGUCACGACGCUCGAGGGCGUGUGCAAAGUUUUUGUGGAGCACCAGAAAGGCGACGGAAAGGGCUGGCAGCGGGUCAUUGCAGGCCACAAAGAAGUCGGGCAAGGCUUUGGGCUCGCAAAGGCUGAGGCCGCUGUCGAGGAUAUUAUUGAGAAGGUGGGCAAUGGUGUCGGCGUCUCCGCGGAGAAGACCCUCAGCGCGGCGUCCAAGUGA